UAUACUCAUUUAUAUUAAAAACUAAUAUUAUUGAAUAGAAAUAAAUAAUGUGUGGUCAUUGACUUGACUUGGUGGUUAUAUGUAUUCAUCAAACAAAUAGAAUAAACAAAUAAUGAAAACCUUUUUUUAAAAUGAAGAAGAAAAGAGUUGAAUUUGUAUCCUGUUUUUUUUUUUAGAAGCUUAAUAGCUUGGACAUAAAUUCAAGCAACCGUUGAAUAGUUUUACUAUUAAAUUUGUUCCACCAAAGCUUAAUUGAUUACUUAACUAGAGCAUCUCAGAUUAGUUGUGGUUGUGCUGGUAACAUCAUAGGUUAGUAGUGUGAACCAACAACAUAUGUUUUUAUUUAGUACAUAAUUGCAAAUCCCUGUUUAUAAGCGAGCAUGAAACAUGUGUUACGUGGCAUGAUACUUCAUAACUAAUCUACGGUACUUAAAUUUAAGGUUUUCAUAAUGACAAACUCUAUAGAACUUUGUAUUCAAUAAACAUUUUAGGCGUAUAUCAGACUGUUUAGUUAUACGUGUUUUGUCCGCGUAAUACAUUGGGCACACAUUUCUUAUAAAGUGACGUGCAAAGGAGGGAAUUACUUAACUCCAUUUUCAGGAUUUUCUGUUUCUUCUUUUACAUAAUAAUUGAUAAAUACAAAACGGAGAAUAUGUCAACAAAUCAAUAAUAGAUAGUAUUAAAUAUUAAAAUGUUAAAUUACACAACCAUCCCUAUAGGUAGAAUUUUUAUAAUUUUUUUUUGUGUUAAGGUAAACCUGGAAUUUGAUUUGCCAGAAGUGUUUUGAGGAAGAAGUGUGUUUGCUCAAUUGCUUAACUGAGGGAUUAAAGGGCCUUAACAACCAGUUGGUGACUACGCAAUAACUUCGCUAGCAAAAAAAUCACAUUUUCUUAACUUCAUCAAGUGAUAUAUGACAUGAGGAAAAAGGCACUAUUCAUAAACAACUAGAUAUAUAUGACAUGAGGGAAGAAUACUUAUUCAUAAAACGAUUAAAAUGGAAGAGAUUUGAGCUUUCUGAUAGGUCGUCUCCUUGUCCCAAUUGAUCUAUGGAUGUUGAGUAAUAAAUAAUAAUAAAUAAAAUUUGAAAUAGAAGAAAUUAUUUAAAGUGAAAUAAAUAAGGUAGAUGUCUCGGACGCAAGGGUUGGUGAAAGUGACCAAAACAAAAGACUUGGCCGCGAACUUGCCUUGUGGACGCUAACGGAAGAAAAGCUAACGAACAGCUUUGUGUCCAUAUUAAUAAAUGUCUAUUUUAAUUUUCCUUCUGUAUAUUUUUGUUUAAAAUUUCUUUAUUUUAUCCAUAUGUUGGGCCUCGCUUUGUUAUAGAUUGUAACAGCCGACACAAAUCGUUGAGGAGAAUCAAUGUAUUAGCAGAAUUAUUUUAUAUAUUUGUUGAUUUAUGAGUGGAUUAUUUGUUUUCAUUGGAUAAACAACUUUUUUAAUGUAGAGUUGGUUAAUGGCAGGUGGAAUAUGGGAUCAAUAGAUACAUUAUAAGGAUCAAAUGAUUAAAAUAGGUUAAAUGAAUGUGAUUUUCUAAAGCAAAUUAUGAUGAGUUUUGAAAUAAUAAUAACAAAAAUAUAGUAUAGCUUAAGAUGGUGAAUGUCAGACUAUGGAAGUGUGGUGAUGAUUAUAAACCGAGGUUUACUACAAGGGAAACUUGGAAGAUCUUGCGAGGAGUACAGACGCAGAUUGAUUGGUUGAAAGGAGUGUAAUUUCAGUAUAACACACCGAAGUUUUCUUUUUACACUUGGGUAGCCAUCCAGGACAGACUGCCCACAUGAGAUAAAUUAUCGCUAUGAAAUGGAGGCACUACGGUUGUGUGCACGCUAUGCAAGACUUGUCUGGAGUCUAGAAAUCAUCUAUUUUUUCAAUGUCAAUAUUCAGGAGAGGUGUGGUCGAAUCCCACCAAAAAGCUUUUGACAACGGACUACACUAAUGUUUGGGAUAGCAUUGUUACACUCCUUAAUAGGAAGAGAAGCAAACUGGAGCUGUUUCUUCUUCGGUAUGUUUUCCAACCCGUCUAUAUAACUGGUUCAUGGUCGAACCCGGUUCAACCACCGGGUCGAUCCGGUUUUAAAAACACGGAAGCCAUGGCUAAUACCAAUGUCUCCACCGGGUCGAUCCGGUUUUAAAAACACAGAACCCGGUUCAUAGUUGAAUUAUGUUUAGUUUGUAAAUUUGAGUAUUUUUCAUAGAAAAAACUGUAAACCAAAACUUAAACUUAAAAUUAUGAAUAUGUAUAUAUAUUUAUAAAUAUAUCAGGGAUUAAAAUGUGUUAAGCUGAUCAGUUAAUUAAUAUAGUUGAUAUGCUUCUUGACAGAUUAUCAGAGAGAUUACACAUAAUUACAAGAGUUGAUGAAAUUCUAGAUAGAUAUAUGAGAUGUGAAAAUAUGAUAUAUAACUCCUGCAUGACUCGAAUAAAUAUAUCUUAAUAUAAAGAACACGUAUAUAAUUAUAUGUGACAAAAUGAUCUCGUUAUAAUUGUUGGUGCGUGAAAACGAUCAUAUUCUGACAUAUUAUUCAAAAGGAUCGAAUGUGAACUGUGAAGUAUGUCUACAUCGCAGUAGAUUCUUGGAUUAUGUGGAUCGGAUAGGGUAAGCAUAUAUGGCUUUUUCUUUAGAUUGUUCUUCUUGACGUACAUGUAAUGCUGCUACCAGCUUUGUUAAAAAUAAAAUUUUCUAAACUUCAGUGGCAAACGAAGGGAAAGAUUCUCGCCGCUAACCUUCUCUCUGGCCUAGAGGAACACAAAAGAGAGUACACGCUCUCAUAAAAACGGCAUGACUUUCUUCAUGAGUAUAAUAAAAAUGGCGUGAAUUGCAAAGCUUUAAAAAGACCAAUCAAUCUUCCUUCUCCAGAUUCUCAGUCUAACUGACUUGAAGCGGUGAAGCCUUUCCGAUCAACCACAGAACCUUCUACGCAGGAAUAGUUUUCUAUCGUUCCUCAGAGAUCAGUACCUUGUUCGACAAGGAAUCUACGAAGAUUUUGGAUGUUGAAACCUUAGAAUACAUGCAAUGGGGAAGCCGUCGAAGACUACGAGAUGGUUUCUGAUGAUUAUAUUGGUGUUUUUUUUUUUGUUUUUUUUGGUACAAAUGUUAAAUAUAUUGGUGUUAUCAGUAUCAACGGUGUGUGUGAUCCUCGUCAGAUCCACCUUCGACUCAUGUAGCGUAAUCGGUGGUAAGAUCAGUAGCCACCAAUUCGUGGAGGAGAAGCUUCGUUCAGAUCCUAGUCCUCUCGGCUUCAUGUUCACUUUGUCAACAAAACACUAGCCGUAGCUCCGUAUAUAGCAGCCAUAGACGUCCUUGUCAUUUAAGCUCCCUCUACUUGGUACUGCAGCUGGAGGGACAAUGGAAAUUUUAGUCAACGGAACGACUGGCUUGUUGCACAGUGCUGGUAAGAAGACGUGACAUCUCUCGCAGAAGUGUCACAUCAAAAAGCUUAUGUGCUUAGAGAAGUGUUGCACCACGCAGAUGCUCAUGCUUUAGGAUGAGAUUAUAGAAACGUACAAAGAAAAGAUAAUUUUCUUUUGUUUUGAAUUUUUUUUUUAAUUGCAAAAUACGAGUUGAGAUGACUUUUACUUCUGAAAUCUGAAAGUAAAGUGCCCUGGAGUAUGUGCAUCUCUGGGGGUUGAACUGAUAAAACCAAAAAGUUUGGGGUCAUAAGUCGUAUACCUGUAAGAUAGAGGAAUUUAAUUAAGAAUAUGUGCAUUUGGGGGGGGGGGGGGGGGGGGGGGGUUAAAUGAUAAACAAAAUUUUAUGGUCAGAGUUUGAAUAAGUAUAAAACAGCGGGGUUUAAUAAAAAACAGUUCCAGGUGUUUAUAAAAAGCUUUUCGUCUUCUUGAUUUGUAAACUUCAAAGGCAUUUGUAUAUGGCUUCCAUGGAAGACGGAGAAGAAGAGAUAUCGAGUAGACUCAAAGCCAUCAUUACGUACACGUGUGUUUUCAACACUCGCAACAGCUUGCAAGAAGAAACCAGAACUGGUCUAGACUCCUUUUUCUAAACCCUGAGGUUUUCAUUCGAUUGCUUGUGCUUCAAGUUUGCGUGUUUCUGAUCAGUAAAAGAGAAUCUGGAAGCUUUAAAGAUAGCGCUCGAAGAAACUGAAGACGAACUCAAGUACUUUACCACUACUCAUGCGGAAUUGGUUGGAGAAGUUGUGCAACCUCUAGGCAAAGAAAGAUGUAACGUUCUUGAUUUUCUUGAUUUUUGGUUUGUUUCAGAUCAUUGGCUUUAAUAUACAGUUUUGAUCUCAGUUCUUGUGAAAGUAAACGAAGGAGUUCGUCUCAUAGUGAAUUGCUCAAGCAUGGUGACUCAGUCGAAGUUAGUUUCUGGAACAAGAGUUACUCUUGAGAGAAGAACGUUUACUAUAAUGAGAAUCCUCCCUCCUAAGGUUAAUCCAUUGGUUCAGAAGAUGGUGUAUCAACAUGAUGGUGGUGAUGUUAGUUACUCAGAUCUUGGUGGGUUAACUCAUCAGCUCAGAGAUGUAAGAGACUGGAUUGAACGUCCUCUCAUAGAUCCUGACAUUUUUGAACGAGUUGGUGUAAAGCCUCCCAAGGGAGUUCUUCUCUAUGGACCUCCUGGUACUGGAAAGACAUUGUUAGCCAAAGCAAUCGCUAGCAAUAUUAAUUCAACUUUUUUGAUGGUUGUUUCUAGCUCGCUUGUUAGCAAAUACGUGGGAGAGAGUCCAUUGAUGGUGAGAGAGAUGUUUAAAUAUGCCCGUGAACAUCAACCAUGCAUCAUCUUUUUGGAUGAGAUUGAUGCUAUUGGUAGACGUAGAUCCAGCUACGGAGAAGGAGAUACUAGUGAGUGUGACAGAGUCCUCAUCGAGCUUCUCUCCCAACUUGAUGGAUUCAACGAACUUGAUAAGGUGAAGGUUAUAAUGGCAACGAACAGACCUGAUGUUCUUGACCCUGCGCUGCUUAGACCUGGUAGAAUCGAUAAGAAGAUAGAGUUCUCAUUGCCUAACGAAGAUUCCAGAAUGAGAAUCCUUAAGAUUCAUGCUUCUGGUAUUACUAAACAAGGAGCUAUCGACUACGAAAAGGUCGUGAAACUAUCUGAGGGAUUCAAUGGAGCAGAUAUGCGUAACAUAUGUACUGAAGCAGGGAUGUUAGCUUUACGUGCAGGGCACGAUUACGUUGUCCCCAGCGACUUCAUCAAGGCUGUAACGAAACUAGGCGAAGCGAAGAAGCUUGAGUCCAGUGCACAUUACAAUGCUGAUUUCUGAGAGAGUAGAGAUCAGAAACGUG